CUUAAUUCGUGCUGCCAUAUAUCCCUACAUAUAAUGGUUUCAUCCGUUUUUUCAAGUGCUUGAUGCAGCUAUGGUAGAAGACAGCUCGAACUUUAGAUGGCCAAAUGAAACCUCAAGUGAAGCUUCAAGCUCAGGUAAUUGUUUGGUUACGGUUAGACUUUAACUAUACAUUAGUUUGCAAUUUAUGUUUCCCAUUUUAGAAGACCAUAUGUUUCUGUGCACACUUUUAAAGUACCGUAUGUGUUUUCAUCAGAAUUUUUUGCAGCAUUUUUAUUGAAUGUAAUUCAUUAACGCUGGUAGUACCUAAGCUUUAGUUUUGAACGUGGAAAACCUAUUUUCUUUUGUACAGGACUUUUGUAUGGUUCUAUAUGUUUUCAGGCAUGUUUUUUGUUGUAAUAUGUUGUUUUAAAUUACUCGCAGGUUCUCAAUUGACAGGAGACUCCUAUCCCAAAGGAUCUAUGAACGGUAUGAAUCAGUUAAUAAAAUAAUCAUCACUAUUAUUACCUCCGCCAGGAAGUUAUGGUUUUAUAUGUGUUUGUUUGUUUGUUUGUUUGUUUGUUUGUUUGUUUGUUUGUUUGUUUGUUUGUUUGUUUGUUUGUUUGUUUGUUUGUUUGUUUGUUUUGUUUGUUUGGUUUUGUUUGUUUGUUUGUUUGUUUGUUUUGUUUGUUUGUUUGUUUUGUUUGUUUGUUUGUUUGUUUGUUUGUUUGUUUGUUUGUUUGUUUGUUUGUUUGUUUGUUUGUUUGUUUGUUUGUUUGUUUGUUUGUUUGUUUGUAUGUGUAUGUGUAUGUGUAUGUGUAUGUGUAUGUGUAUGUGUAUGUGUCUGUGUGUGUCUUAUCUUCAUCCUCGUUGUCAUCUUUACUGUUAUCGUUAACCAUAUCGUUGUUCUUAUUCUCCUUGUUAUUUUUAUCUUUUCAUCUUAAUUCCUGUCCUCAUCUUUACUGUUAUAAUUAUUAGUGCAGUACCAUAACUUUGACUUGUUGUCGGCAACUGUCGAAAUCUUCAUUUUUUUGUUGUUUUUUUUCUUCUAUAACAAAAAAGCCAACUACGUUCAGAGAAUGGGAAAGUGUGUUAAAUCUGUCUGUAUGAUUGCUUUGAAAAACAAAGAUGACGAUGAACCAACCUACACAGGUACAGGUUGGCUUGUUGCCAAGGAAGAAAGUGAAUCUUAUAUAAUGACUAACUAUCAUGUGAUUUCCGCGAUCAAGCAACGCAGACGUCAAACUCAACGCGAAAUCAAAGUAGUUAUUCAGUUUGAUUAUCUGACAAAGGCCCAGCCAAGCUGCGUCGAAUUUGAAGUCGCGCAACAAGCUGAAAUUUCCAAUGUUGAUUUGGACUACGCAGUAUUGAAGGUUCAGAGCAACUGUCCUGGUAGAGAAUGCUUAAAGGUUUGUACGCGUUCGCCUAAUCCUAACAGCAAUGUCACUGUUAUUGGUCAUCCAAAAGCCGAAUCGAAGUCAUGCAUGUUGGGGAAGGUGGUUCAUACACCAAGCUCUUCAGAGAAUAUCCGUAAAUGGGUUGAGGACAAAACAAAACAAUACUGUCCUCAUGAGCAUUGUGAUGGAAAGGAAAAAGAAGUUGUUUGCGUCCACAAUUAUGAGAAGUGGGACAAACUUGAAGUGCGAAAGGAUUUUUUGUUGAUUCACAACUGUCAAACAGGCCACGGGGCAUCAGGUUCACCGGUUGUAAAUGAUAACGGCGAAGUUAUAGCGUUGCACAGUUGGGGUAUGUUUUUGGGAAAUGAACAGCAGCGGGAAAAACCAGCACUUGAGUUUGCGCACUCCAUUAACUCUAUUGUUAAGGAUAUCAACAUCAACAAGAAGAACGAAGCAUUGGCGCGAAAACUAAACUUUUAUGGAAUGAAAACGUAAUGAAAACGUAUCAAUCAUAGGUUAUUCAUUGGCAUAGAUAUUAAAUUCAUCGAAAGAUGUUACAAAAAUUGACAUUUAAUUUGUAUACGAAAUAAAAUGAGAAUAAUGAAGAAUUAAAUUAGUCCGCAUGAUAAACUUUUAGCAAAUAUUAUAUGACUAUAAUUUAUAUUAUAAGACUAUGUUUUAGAAGAGGAGGGGCAUCUUGCAAUGGUCUUAACGUCCAGUUCGUGCCUUGUCCUUUUGAAUACAAAACUUUAUUUAGCGUGUAUCUUUUAUAUACUGAAUUUGUACUCAAGUCUCUAGAAAAUAUUUUAUCUUGUGUUAACGAAAAAUUGUAGAGUUUAAGUUGUUUGACAAAAUGUACAAAAUACUACAACUGCGUGGCACUGGUUUCGAAAUAUAUAAAUUUAUAAAUAACCAGGUUUGAUGACGGUACACAACGUUAUACCUGCAAUAUUAUUUACUACUCAUGCAAGAAAUAAACAGGAGUGUUUUGUGAGAUUUAAGACACGAAAAUCUUGAUCACCAACCAUUCGUGCAAAUGUGAAAUGCUAAAAUAACAACGAG